AUGGUACAAAGUGACAAGAAACAGUGGAAAGCCUAUGGUGGAUCCAAUGAAGCGAACCACGCUAAUGAACGACAGCCGUUAUCCCCUCCCGACGACUUCUUAUCCAUAUCUGCGUCUCCGAUCGGUCAUUCGGCUAGAAUGCGCCAUUUAUCUGAAGCGGGCCACUCUGGAUCUGAAACGGACGCUGAUGACUUCGUGCUCCUGGAUUCCAUAUCAAAGCGAACGUUGUUUGACCUGAUCGGCGCACUUAAUAUAGCAUAUCCGGAUUAUGACUUCAGUGAUGUGAAGAGCAAUAGCUUUUCUCUGAUUCCGAACGUUGUGAUGGAGGCGGUUGACAACAAAUUUUCUGCUACUGUGAAUGGCUAUGCGUCUAUGCGUGACGAACUGUGGUUGGCCGUUGAUGCUGAAAUUCAGCCAAACGAUUGUCGGAUAUACAGCUUCAAAUCAAACUAUGCUGACGACCCAUUCUCGGAAGACGGUUGCUUGUGGUGCCUGAAUUUCUUCUUUCACAACAAAUCUCUGAAGCGUCUCAUGCUGUUGUCUUGUCGUGCACUCUCGCAAAAUGGAGCUCUGGGCGAGUCCCUGUGGGAUUUGGAUGAGGAAUAA